UACUCACCAUUCAGAUUAAACAACUGUCUGCUUGCGCUUCACAUGGGCUCUUAUUUACCCCCACACGAAAAAAGAUAUUUAUAAACAAAUUCAAGCAUGCCGUCUGCAGUCAAGUUGUGCAACUGUUUUCUAUGUUAGAAACAGCCACUGGCACUGUUGUUUUUUUUUUCCUGUGAGAAAUCUCUAAAAGUGCAGACACACCUGUUUUUUUCUUCGGAGAGUGUUUUUUAGUGUAUUUUUUUUCUCUUCUGUCGAACAAGCACACCUGUUGUGGAUCCAUAGUAUAAUUAGUGCACUGGUGACUGGACAACUAUCUCCAUUGUUAACUGCAUGAUAAUUUCUGAUUUUGGAAAGGAUUUUUUCACAAUAUUGGGCUGUGUUAUUGACUGAUGUUUAAUGUGUGAUCGAUUUCCCCCCUUUGGGACAAACCCUAUUAUGCCAAUGCUCGGUGAACCUUCUCUCGGAUUUCCUGACCCCCUGAGGGGGAGUCUCCUGGGACUGCCACCCUAUGGCCACCCAGGAUUUGGACUGAGUAUGGGCCCCAUGGUCCCUGUGCCCCUCUGGAGGCCUGUAGCCACCCACCCCUCAGCUCUCAUGUGUAACAGUAUUGGAUGCCCCUGCAAUAGAUCCUCAGUGGCAAUGAGUGAACUUUUGGACAUGUAUAGCAAGAGUUCUCCCCCUUCUUCAGACCCUUGGAGGCCAUGGUACCCCAAACGCUCAGUGUCUGGAGAAUCGUACUACAAAGCCAUAGACUCCCGCCAGUCCCCCAGUAAAGAGCUCCCCACCAAGCUGUUAAAGCAGGACCGAAUCAAAGAGAGGCAGGAACUGUCCCAGACCCUACACUACGACAGGGACCAUCUACUGAAACUCAAAAACAGAUGUGUGGCACCUCAGCCAGGGCAGCCGCCAGUAGAAGGAGAAGUGUACAGAAAUGGAGACCAUCAUAUUUCCCCGUUGGAUUCCUACUCACUCAGACGACACUACAUACUCCCACCCCCGGGGCCGAUCCGAGACCCCCGGGGAUCUCCCCCCAAAUAUUCCUCCCUAGAAUCCCAUGAUGCUCCUCUGAAUCUCUCGUUGUCCAGCUCCUCGCUGCCCUCGACAUCUUCAGCUUUUUCCUCACAGAUCCAGCGGCCGUCGGUAAUCACGUGCGGUCCCACGGCCACGGAGAGGGGCGGUCACUAUAGCAACGCCUCACCCCCUCACACCCCUCAGGCUGUGGCCAGUCCCAAAAGUCGACAGGUCAUAUCAGCAGGAUGUGAGCCAGACAUCGAGGAACACUUCAGAAGGUCACUAGGAAGGGACUACAUGACCUCAAACUCCCCCAAACUCGUAAACCCCCCUCCUCCUCCCCCUCCACCCAAAGUACCCACACCCCCGGUAGAGGUCGCUAAGACAACACGGAACAGUGCCUCACCCCCCAAGGAAGUGGAUAAGAAUAACCCAGCUAAUGUUUCCAUCACAGGUUCAGUAGAUGAUCAUUUUGCGAAGUCUCUCGGCUCAAACAUGUGGUCAGCCCUGAAGAAACAGAAUGACCCAGAAGUUGGGACCGUGGAUGACCACUUUGCCAAAGCCCUGGGAACCAGCACCUGGUUACGAAUCAAGAAGGAAAAGGAAACAAAUGGUGCCCCCUCCCCUCCUUCGUCGCCACAGCAACAGAGACCAAACUCAUCCCUCGUGUCCACAUGAUAGAAAUGGUGGUGAGAAUCAGACACAAAAAACUGUACACUGCAGCAUGGGAUUCGAGUGAAUCCCAUAAACUUUAUACCAGUACUGCCAAGGGACAAUCCCUCUGAAUCCCAUUCAGUGGGAUCAGAGAUAGAAGUCAUUCAUUUUGACUAUUUACAGACACUCUUUGUGCUUAUUUUACGUACUGUGUGAAGAUGAAUUCUUGCACAUCAAAAUCUGAGCAGAUGAACUGUGGACAGACGAGCAACCUGCUCAGUGUUUUUGUGACACUGUGUGAAAAAGGACACCUUGUGCACCCGAUUUACCCUGGUCCCUUACUUGUACUGAUACCAAAAUUGUUCUAGCACAUAUGGCAGUUUUCUGAGCUUGUUUUGCUUUCUUAUUUUUUUUUUUAUCCCAUUCUGAUGGCGAUGGACAAAAAAAAGGUGACACACAUCUACGCAUGCUCGAGCUCUGAUCUCUCCAGGCCAGCGGAUGGGAUAUUCCACAACUUUUUUGGUGCUUUAUUUCCUCUUGCUUAAUGAAAGAAAACUUUAUUUUUUGUUUCUUUUUAAGACGAGUGUUUCUGGUGCUCAGUAUGUUUUUUUCAGCCAUGGUCUGAAAGUUGCUCACAAUGUACAUGACAAGAGUGGAUGUAUAGCAUAGUGAGGAGUUCUUGAUGAUAUGCAUACAUGUAGAUAUUUGUUUAUACAAGUGGGUAAAUAUUUUUAUUGCAUCUAAGUGUGGGAUGUUAUUGGUUGAAGAAUAUAUUUUGUUUUUCAUUUAUGAUUUACUGUAUGAAAGAAGUUUUUUCUCAUUUCUUGCAAUUUUUUUUUUUUUACAUCCUAGUGUUUGAUUGAAGAUUCUUAUUUCAAUGACCAUAUUUUUUUUUUGAAUGCAGAAAAGAUACAUUCCAUCAUUAUUUUUGUAUGUUUUUGUGUGCAUGUGGGUGAAUAUGAUUGCAAGGUUAACAUUGCCGCACGAGUGCGACACGUUAUUUGUCAAAACGCAUCUCAUCAGGCAAGCAUGCUUCCUGUAAAGGUCAUCAGGGUCACGAGGCAUGUCAACACAAAAUGGGAGGAGGUGUGUGUUUACAUAAUACGGCAAGCAGACCAUGUCUAAACAAUCGAGCAGCAAUGACUAACAAAUGAUCUACAUAUUUAAAAGUAUGAUGAAAUCUUUUUUGGCAGGGUCAUUAUUUUUCUAUUGGCAGAUGGGUGAUUUAAGACAAAGAGAACUAGGCAAAUGAUUAGAGGAAUUUUAAAAUGUGAAGGACUGUAGUCGUUACUGUCGUAAAUUUGUAAUUCAGAUGUUCGACACACCUGUGUUAUUUAGGUAUAAAAUAUGUACAUGUAAAUUAAUUAAUUUG